UGUACAAUUCAGUCAGGCCCUAUGCCUCUGGAGCGUUCUGUUUUCCGAACUGUACCUGUGAAACGCCGCUUAUUUUUCUUAUCAUUCCCAAACCUCCCGGCUUAAUUUCCUGCAAAGUACAAUCGAUAUUACCGGUGAUAGAAUAACAUUACACUUUCUGGGCAAACGCAGGUAGCGCCAGACCUGUCCGAGAAUAUUUUUUACAAUAUUUUUUCCGGAAACCAAGCAGAAGAUUGAGCUGCUGAUGUCAGUUAACUCCGAGAAGUCGUCAUCUUCAGAAAGGCCAGAGGCUCAACAGAAAGUCCCUUCAGCACCUCCACCCCCUCCACCUCCUCCUCCACUUCCAGAGCCAUCACCACCUGAGGCAGAGGAGGAGAUUCUGGGAUCUGAUGAUGAGGAACAAGAAGACCCUGCUGAUUACUGUAAAGGUGGUUAUCAUCCUGUGAAAAUUGGAGAUCUUUUUAACGGUCGUUACCAUGUUAUUAGGAAGCUGGGAUGGGGUCACUUCUCUACAGUAUGGCUCUGCUGGGACAUGCAAGGCAAAAGGUUUGUGGCGAUGAAAGUGGUAAAAAGUGCUCAGCACUACACAGAGACAGCUUUGGAUGAAAUAAAGUUACUCAGAUGUGUGCGGGAAAGUGACCCCAGAGACCCAAACAAGGACAUGGUAGUGCAGUUAAUUGAUGACUUUAAGAUCUCUGGCAUGAAUGGCAUGCAUGUCUGUAUGGUGUUUGAAGUUCUUGGCCAUCAUUUAUUAAAAUGGAUCAUUAAAUCAAACUAUCAGGGUCUUCCUAUUCGUUGCGUUAAAAGCAUUAUUCGCCAGGUUCUUCAGGGUUUGGAUUAUUUGCAUAGCAAAUGUAAAAUUAUCCAUACUGAUAUUAAACCAGAAAAUAUUUUGAUGUGUGUUGAGGAUGCCUAUGUUCGAAGGAUGGCUGCAGAGGCAACAGAAUGGCAAAAAGCUGGUGCUCCUCCUCCAUCUGGCUCAGCAGUGAGUACUGCUCCUCAGCAGAAACCAAUUGGCAAGAUUUCUAAAAAUAAAAAAAAGAAGCUAAAAAAAAAGCAAAAGAGACAAGCUGAGCUUCUUGAAAAGCGACUUCAAGAAAUUGAAGAAUUAGAACGAGAGGCAGAGCGAAAAAAGGCAGAAGAAACGGUGUCUUCGACAAUUCUUUUAAAUGAGCAGGAUUUGGAAGGUCAUCCAGAAGCCAAGAUGAAAAGUGUAUGUCUCGAGGAUGCAGCUGAUGAGGAGCCUGUUAAUGAAUAUGAAAGAGGAGAUAAUGAUGAAAAAGAAGACACAGAAAAGGAAAAUAUUGAAAAAGAUGAUGAAGAUGAGGAUGAUGAUGAUGCUGAGCCAGAACUGGUCGACACAGAUCAGACUUGGAUUGAAUCUCCAAAAACAAACGGUCAUUUAGAAAAUGGGCCUUUCUCUGUUGAACCACAGUUGGAAGAUGAGGAGGAUGAAGAUGACGAUUGCCUUAACCCAGAGGAAUUCAAUUUAGAUGAAUCAAAUGUUGAAAGUGAUUAUACAUAUAGCAGCUCAUAUGAACAAUUUAACGGUGAAUUGCCAAAUGGACAGCAUAAAAAUUCAGAAUUACAAUUUUCAGAGUUUUCGGCCUCAGUCUUCCCUGAGGCUUUGGAAUCUGCAGCAUGUGGUUUAGCAAUUUCUGAAGACUCUGCUCUCACAGACCGGGAUGAAAGUAGCUCUUGUCAUGACAGGAGCAGGACAGUUUCAGCAUCGAGUACUGGAGAUUUGCCAAAAACAUCUAAAAUGCGAGCGGCAGACCUGCUGGUGAAUCCUUUGGAUCCUAGAAAUGCUGAUAAAAUAAGAGUCAAAAUUGCAGACCUUGGAAAUGCCUGCUGGGUGCAUAAACAUUUCACUGAAGAUAUCCAAACGAGGCAAUACAGAUCUAUAGAAGUUCUGAUAGGAGCGGGGUAUAGCACCCCUGCAGAUAUCUGGAGUACUGCAUGUAUGGCAUUUGAAUUGGCAACUGGUGACUAUUUGUUUGAACCCCAUUCUGGAGAAGAUUAUUCACGAGAUGAAGACCACAUAGCACACAUCAUUGAGCUUCUAGGCAAUAUCCCAAGACACUUUGCUCUGUCUGGAAAAUAUUCUCGGGAAUUCUUCAAUCGCAGAGAUCACAUAGCAUUGAUCACUGAACUGCUGGGAAAAAUCCCUCGAAAAUUUGCUAUGUUGGGGAAAUAUUCCAAGGAUUUUUUCACCAAGAAAGGAGAACUUCGACACAUCACAAAAUUAAAGCCUUGGAGUCUCUUUGAUGUUCUUGUUGAAAAGUAUGGCUGGCCUCAAGAAGAUGCUGCUCAGUUUACAGAUUUUCUGACACCAAUGCUGGAAAUGGUUCCAGAGAAACGUGCAUCUGCUGGCGAGUGCCUCAGACAUCCUUGGUUAAGUUCUUAGCAAAUAUUGUAGGCAUGAAGCUUUACUCUGUUGCUGCAUACCUACUUGCUGACUGUGACAAAAUGUUAACAGCAGCAUAAUAUUUGAGCUGGUUUCAUCUCAGUCCCAUUGAUUUACCCAAUUUUUCUUUGUUAUUUAAUUUUUUUUUGUGUGCAGUAUUUGUUGUUAGCCUCUGUGUCUGCUAUAAACUUAUCCACUCUGUAUUGGGUAGGGGAAACAGUUAGUUAGUUUCUGACCAUGUUUUUCCAUAUUAUGUGCUGUUCAGAUGUCUAAUAUUUGAGCAAAUAGACCUUUUUUCCAUGUCUACAAGAUUUUGUAACUAUUUAUGAAGAUAUGUUUUAGGUGAUGUUUGGGUAAACCCUUGCUUUUGAAAUUGAAAAAAAAAAAUAAAAAGGGGCCCUAAAUAUAUGGGCACUGUACAUUUUUAUCGUUCAGGAGAUAUUACCAUUCUUGUAUUAUACUGUAUGUACAUUCACUUUGUAAAUGUGUAUUUUCAUUAAGAUCUUCGCAGUGCUAAGAGUGGAAAUUUUAAUUCCAAAGCCAAUCUAAGUUAAGAUGUUCAGUUUAGCAGUAUGCAUGUAAUCUAAGCUUAUUUCUGCUUGUUACCUGAGGGUAGAUACAGUCUUCUUAAUUUGAUUUGCAAGAUAAUGUUUUUUUCCCUCACACAAUUGACUCGAGUGGCACUUUAGGGACACUGUACCAUUUAGAGUCUAAAGCACUUUUACAACAAUGCUAAAGUCCAUUUUUUAGAUUUUUAAAAUUUGUGUAGCAGCAUUUCCAUUUCCUUCUUAAACUGUACAGAAAUAUAAAUUACAUACUUAGUCUACCCUCUUUAACAGAUAGGUGAAUUUCCUAAUAUCAUAUUUAAGAAAUCUAAUUUUGGUACAUAAAUCCUUGCCCUGCAUGCCUUUCUGAGUUAAUGCAAAUUCAAAGAGAAACAGGGCAGUUCAUCUCAAACCACUAUGCUUCAUUCUUAUUUUAGUGUAAAUCCAUGUGUAGGCAUUUUCCAAUUUUGUAUAUGUUAUUCACACUGAAUAGUGUUUUGUCAGUGAGAGGUUAUACUCAAGGAUAUUUGUUUUAUGCUAUAGGAGCAGGAUGGUGCACCAUUUGGACUUUGGCUUAUGGCAUACAGGACACAUUUUCCGUGUGCAUCCUCUGAUUUUUUUGGGUGUGGAGCAAUGCCCAAAAUAGCCCCUUGCUGCUUUCCAUAUGGUGUAAGGCAGUAGCCUUAAAGUGCCAGAACUGAUACUUGUUGACAGAUGGAAUCUUUAGUUGCCUGUAAAGUGGCAGUGCUGCUGUUUUUAGGCGAUUGCCCUUUAACUCUUAUGGCAGGCAAUAGGGGGAGUUUGUGGGCAUCUUUCCACAUGCGGGCAAAACACCUGUAUUUGGAGUGUGGACCGACCAAUUGUAAAUAUCUGCUGGCUGAACUUUCAAUUCUAGGGCAAAUGAUUUUUAAUACCAUCAAAUAACAAGUAUAUGGUGGUUAUUGCAUUAACAUCAAAAAUACCACAAUAACAUUUAGUGUGUAUAAUGUGUAAGGUAACAUAUGUUUGCAGAAAUGCAAAAACAUAACAAAACAAAGAAUAAAAAUGUUAAUAAAAUGAUUUUGCUCUGCAGUGUAUAGUGCAGUGGACAAUGUAGCUCUUUCUGGUGUAGCAUUCUGAACGUUAAAUAGCCAAUUUCACAAUUGCUUAGGUGUACAGUACAUAUAAUUCAGCAUUAUUUUUUUAUAACUAAUUGCACUGGCUUAAUGUAUUUUGGAUAUACAUACUAUUUAGUAAUUCAUUUUUCCUUUUUAUUUUAACUUUCAGGUGCAUUCCUGGUUCAGUUCAAAAUAGAAAUAAAAAUAUUAUAGGUAAUACAGAUUUUAGGGUGUAUGUAGAGGUCUGUGUAACCUCUUUUAGUCAUUGGAAUGAAUGUAAAUUUCUGUUUUUACAAAUUAUGGUGCCACUUUUAUCUUUUAAGCGUUUCAUUUUAAUCUCAAGCCUUUGCAAUAAUUAGAUGUAAAAAUGCCCCGUAUUGUAACAGUAACCAGUUGUGGUUUAAGGUGCUUGCAGUUGUCCAAUAAAAUGUAUGUUUUUCUAGAUAA